AUGGGCGAGCAACUCGGGUACCCGUAUACAAAGCCACGAGGCCCUAUUGGGGCUAUGUAUACAAGCCCAGGUCCGGUGUAUAUGCUGCCCGGCCUUACUGGUGAAAGUGGACACGAUAUUCGAAGCACACACGAAAAGGCUCCAGGAUAUUCAUUUGGGAAGGUCCUGCAGACAAUCGACCACGUAAACAGCCCUGGACCCGCCGCAUAUGCCCAAAAUUCGAAGCUUGCGAACACUGGUGACACAACUGGGCCGAAAUACACUAUGGCACCAAGGACUGAACCUCUAGACAGUAACAUUGGUCCAGGUCCAGCUAAAUACUACCCAUCUGUGAAGCAGGUAUUCCCCCGACAACCCGAAUACAACAUGGGACUGAAGCUCAACGACGUAAUGAAGAAUAACAAUCCGGCUCCGAAUGCUUAUUCGAUGCCGACACCCGAUAUCUUCAUUAGAGAAAAAAUUGAAUCCUUUUUGUUCUAUAAAUGCUUGACACAGAAUCCUGGUCCGGCUGACUAUACUGUUGGCUCUCCCGACUUGAUUAUGGAUGCUGCCCCGAAGUACUCGAUGGGUGCUCAUCUUACUGGAAUCAAACCCCAUGUUACUCCUGGGCCUGAUGCCUACAGAUCAGAGGACGUAAGUACCACUCAUUCACCAGGUGCUGCCGUAGUUUCAUAUUGA